CUACCAGCGGGCGGAAUCUCGCGAGAACGGCGCGGUGCUCUGCCGGGUGCUAUAGAAACGGCGUGAGGGGGCCGCGGCGCGAGGGUAGGGCCUUGGGCUGUGGGUGCGUUCUGUCAGCCCGUUCUGUCGGCCGGGCGGGGCCGGCUUCGGGGAUAGCGCCGCUUUCACGGUGCCCCGGAUGCAUCUGUGACACCAGGAACCGGUUCUCUGCCCUCUCUGGCUGUGCUUGGAGCCUUUUUUUGAGGAAUCCUAGCAGGAAGAUGAGUGCCGUCGGCUUGCAGGAUGAUGAAGAUACUUUUAAGAUACUGAUUGCUACUGAUAUUCAUCUUGGCUAUUUGGAGAAAGACCCAGUGCGUGGAAAUGACACGUUUGUAACUUUUAAUGAAAUUUUGGAGCAUGCUCAAAAAAAUGAAGUGGACUUUGUUUUAUUAGGUGGGGACCUCUUUCAUGAAAACAAACCUUCCAGAAAAACAAUACAUACUUGUUUAGAGUCACUAAGAAAAUACUGCAUGGGUGAUCGUCCUGUUCAGUUUGAAGUUCUGAGUGAUCAGGCAGUUAAUUUUCAGUUCAGCAAGUUUCCAUGGGUGAACUACCAGGAUGAAAAUCUCAACAUUUCUAUGCCAAUUUUUAGUAUUCAUGGCAAUCAUGAUGAUCCCACAGGGGUGGAUGCACUGUGUGCACUGGAUAUUUUAAGCUGUGCAGGAUUGCUGAAUCAUUUUGGACGUUCAACUUCCGUGGAGAAAAUAGAUAUUAGCCCCAUUUUAUUACGUAAGGGUAGAACAAAAAUUGCUCUGUAUGGCUUAGGGGCCAUUCCAGAUGAGAGGUUGUAUCGUAUGUUUGUCAAUAAACAAGUAACCAUGCUGAGACCAAAGGAGGAUGAAGACAGUUGGUUUAACUUGUUUGUGAUUCAUCAGAAUAGAAGCAAACAUGGAGCCACAAACUACAUUCCAGAGCAGUUCUUAGAUGACUUUAUUAAUCUUGUUGUGUGGGGUCAUGAACAUGAGUGUAAAAUAACUCCAGCCCAAAACGAACAGCAGCAUUUCUAUGUUACUCAGCCAGGAAGUUCAGUGGUGACGUCUCUGUCUCCAGGAGAAGCCGUAAAGAAGCAUGUUGGUUUGCUGCGUGUUAAAGGAAAAAAAAUGAAAAUGCAGAGGAUUGCUUUAGAGACCGUACGAACUUUCUAUAUGGAAGAUGUUGUCCUGGCUGAUCACCCAGAACUGUUUAAUCCUGACAAUCCUAAAGUAAUUCAGGCAAUACAAGCAUUCUGCAUGGAAAAGGUUGAAAUGAUGCUGGAUAAUGCAGAAAGAGAACGCCUUGGAAAUCCACGCCAGCCAGAGAAGCCUCUCAUUAGAUUACGAGUUGAUUACACGGGUGGCUUUGAGCCAUUCAUCAUCCAUCGUUUCAGCCAGAAGUUCAUGGAUAGGGUGGCCAACCCAAAGGACAUCAUACAUUUUUUCAGACAUCGUGAACAAAAAGAGAAAAACGACAAUGAUCUUAAUUUUGGAAAGCUGUUUAGCAGACCUGCUUCUGAGGGGGUGACACUGAGAGUGGAAGACCUUGUAAAGCAGUAUUUUCAGACAGCAGAGAAGAAAGUACAACUUUCACUUCUAACUGAAAGAGGAAUGGGAGAAGCAGUGCAGGAGUUUGUGGACAAAGAAGAAAAAGAUGCCAUAGAGGAACUGGUGAAGUUUCAGCUAGAGAAAACACAAAGAUUUCUUAAGGAGCGUCACAUUGAUGCGGAGGAAGUAAAAAUAGAUGAGGAGGUGCGAAAAUUUCGGGAGAGUAGAAGAGAAAACACUGAAGAGGAGGAUGAGGAAGUUCGAGAGGCAAUGACGAGGGCUAGAGCUCAAAGGUCCAAGGAUGUGGUUCUAGACUCAGCCUCCAGUGAUGAAGAACUCAUGGAUACAGGGAUGAAAGCCUCUGGUGAUUCAGAUGAUGACAUUCCCACAACACUGAGCCGAGGAAGGGGUAGAGGAAGGGCAAGAGGUGCAAGAGGGCAAAAUUCAACAGCAAGAGGGUCAUCUCGAAGGGGAAGAGCCUUUAGGUCUUUGAAACCAGAGCCUUCCCAGAGUGCAUCUAAAUUUUUCUCUGAGGAUAUUAUAGAUGAUGAAUUGGAUCUAGAAGAGUCUCAUAUUAAUCUUUCCUCCAAAACAAACCAAAGGUUCUCAGCUAUGUCUUCAUUUAGUAAAAGAGGUUCACAAAGCCAAACAUCCAGAGGAGUUGAUUUUGAGUCAGAUGAGGAUGACCCGUUCAAAAACACUGCAACAUCACGAAGAAAGAAAUGAUCUCUGCCUUGUUACGCAGAAGAGGCUGUGAAGUAAAUGGAAAGCAGUUUGCAAGGCAUACUCUGCAUGGCAUUUCUCUGUACGUGAUAGUUUGCCUUCAGCCUUCACUUCUAUGAAAUGUUUUGAGUAGCACCAAAUUGAGUAUCAUUGGGUUUUACAUUAAUUGGUGCAUAUAGAUACGAAUGCAUACUUGGGCAGCAAGACAUUUAUUUUCACUUUUCUACAGUUACAGUUAAAAACUCUUAAAGAGUAAUAAUUUAAUCCAACAAUGCUGUUUUCAGUAAUAAAGCUGGAAAAUAUUCUAAUACUUUCAACUUAACAGGAGAACUAAACCCACUGUGGCAUUGUUACUAAAUGUCAGAGUACACAGAAGUUACUGCUGCUGUGUAGUUCAAGAGCUGGCAAGUAGUUCAGAUAGAACUGCGUUCUCAAUGUUUACCUUGUUAGUAGGAUUUAAGAGCUAGAACCUUACAGCUUCACGAGGAAUGCUGAUUGAAGAGUAAAGCAAUGACCUAGUAACAAGCAUGCCAUUGCCUCUUACCAUUUUCUUAGCUAACAGUUUUUCAAGUGUCUAUUGCCAUGCUCUUCCUAAAAUGUCAUCGCUGUUUUUCAAAAGAUUUCUUCAUGUGAGGCUUUUAAAAUAUGGUACUUGGUUCACAGUGGGGGAAGCACUCCUGUUGAGGAUCCAAGACCCAUCUCUCCUUCCCCUUUUCUUCCUCUGUGCCCCACUCUGCAGAAGUGGUGUUCUACAGCUGCAGCCUUUAGGAUUAGCUGAGGGAAAAGCUGGAAGUGUUCACCAGCUUAUACCCCAACGUGUCUGAGAAACACCAAAUGAGUAAUUGAAGCCAUGCUUUUGCAUUUCUGUGUCCUCUAUCUGAGAGGUUGGGCGUUUAUGGUGUUCUGGCUCUCACUAAACAUGACUGUUACUUCAUGUACACGUGUGCUGUAGCAGCAGACCUUUGAGCUUCCUGAAGACUUCCAUAGAAAUGAUCAGGUCAGUCAAAUUUCUAAUGUAAAGCUCAGGAGCAAUUUGCAAAGAAGUGAUAUUGCUUGAGAUAUUAGGAGAUAAUUUGGUGUGUCUUUACUUUCAUAAAGAGCUGUCACAGCUAUCAUAAUGUUACCUAUGCAAAUAAAAAGCUGUUGUAAAUGCCCUCCAAGAUAAAGGUUUACAUUUUUUUUAAAUAAACUGUUUCUGUUUAAUAAA